CAGUUGCGAAGACGUGAUAAGACAAAUCAGCAUCUUUAGCCUUCAACACGUUCAGCACCAACAGGAAGCUAUAUGGAAACCAAAUAGAGGACCCAGAGAGAUCUUUUGUCAAUCCAUGUUCCUGCAGUUUUCCUCAUUUACUCAAGCUCCUCCAUUCUGUCCAUUUGGCUCUUGAUAGCAGUGGUAAGAGGGAUCUGCAUAAUCAACCACAGCACCUUCAAUGCCAACAGGAGGCAACAGUAUAGGGACACCAGGCUGUUGCUUAGUAGUGCUAAAAGGGAUUUGUUUCUUCACCCUUCUACGUUGAGCACCAACAGGAGAGACUAUGGUGAAGCCAGCUGCCACUCGACCUGCUCACUGGAGACUCUAUGGAGACAGCAAUUACUCAGGAAUAAUCCGGGACGUUCUGGCUAUUGCUGCCACAGAAAUAAGGCAAAACCUUUUGUCUUUUCAUUCUUUAUCACCCCCUUUGCCAUUCCUGGCGACCCCGAGCAUCGCCCUGGCAAGUGUUUUUGCAACAGGGACCACGGUCACCCUUGGUACACAGAGCCAAGGACAACAAGCAACACAGUCAGGCCAAAUUCAAAGAGAAAAGGAUAAAACUCUUAAAGCCAUACAAGAAGACUUACCUUACUUUGCUGAGAAAAUGUUGGAGUCCCAGAAUCGUUUUUCUAUAAGAAACCCCGACUUCACACGAAAAAAUGCAGGAAGAGGUCAUCAUGUCAUUAAUAAUGGCAUACUGUCCUAUCUUAGAAAUGUCCUGAAGAAGGUGUUAGACCAUCUGCUUAGGCUAAAAGGUAUCAAAUAUGACUUAACAGAUCUGGAGAGGUUAGCUGAAAUGAUUGAGCAUGACUUCAGUAGAGAUGCAGAGAAUGUAAUUCGGAAUAUCAUGGUGGCUAACAUCACAGUCACCAACGGGAAUCCACCAGAUUUUAAUUCAGUGUUGUUUGGUAUAUUCGACUGGCUUCUGACAGAAAUAAUGAGGAGGGAUAUGUUAGAUUUGAUCAUGGAUAGCAAUGAACAUCGCCUGGGAGUACCAGUGCCACCAGACAGCAAUAAACGUGUAGUUCCAUCAAAAAUGGAACUACACGUAAUCAUUGAACUAAUGAUCAAGAAUCAUGCAUUUGUUGAUAUUUUCGCAAGGGAUAUUUGGAUUGGAAACAGUGCAGCAAGACAGAAUGUGUUUGAUAACACAAAGGCUACAGUGGAGAAACACCUGAGGAGUGGUUUGAAACAUUUUGACAAAAUCAUUGGGAUAUUACGGCAGGUGUACAAAUAUGGCGGACCGAUCUCCCGUUGGAUUCCUUAACUAAAACAGUUGAGGGCAAGCCCUGUACGCCAAAACUUCCAGGGUACUGAUUCUAGUUCAUUCUCUUAUUCCAUGGGUAGAUUUCCAGUCAUCCAAGUCAUGGUAUAGCCAAGCUAAUGUAUGAGCAACUUGACUUCUUCUGAAAUUGAAAGGUCUGUUUUAAGUUUGAGUUAAAUUUAAACUGAAGUUUAAACUACGCUAGCUAUCUUUUUUAACGAUCAUUGGAAAUGUGUUAAUGUCAUCAGUGAGAGGAUUGAUGAGGUUUUGUGAGCACUGUUUGCAUGAAGUGUUUUACACACGCAAUAUUAUGAAAUGUGCUUCUAUGAUAAUGCCCUAAUGCGACUCUUUGGGCCUAAAGUAAUUGUUAACCACUUUAAUUUUAUGUUAUUUCUGUUUUUUUAUCCAUGUUUUUUCCUGUGCAACGUGUACAAGUAUACAAUAACAAACUAACAGUUGAAGAACUCUUGUUUACUGUUAAAAUAUCAUUUUAUUUUUCUGUUGAGAUUGGACUAUACUCUUUCCACUGAUGGUUUUAUUGAACUUAGCCUAUCAUUGAGUUUCUUGUUAAGUUAUUAGUAUUUUUUCUUGAUAAAUGCCAAUAGUAAUAACUAUAUGCUUUUGUAAUUUUUGUUUUCAUUUUAAAGUGUUUCUGGUUAAAAUAGUGUCUAGUGUAUGAAUAUUGCCUGUGUACUCUUAACAUUAACCCUGCUCAGCUUGCGUUAUCUAUAUCCUCCACAUGUUAUAUGCUGUGUGUGUUACUGAUCAUGUCCUUGUUUGUAAGUGUCUUUGGUUAAAGUUAUCUGCCAAAUGUCAUGUAAUGCAUAACAAAUGAACUAAACUU